AUGGCCGACCUCGAGGUGCAGCUCGCAGAGGCCAGGGCGGAGCUCGCGGUAGCGAGCGCGGUGGCCAGGGCGUGCCUGGUGGCGCAGCACAAGGGGCCGCCGGCGUGGCAGGCGGCUACCAUGGCAGACGCCGUCAUCGACGACAUGGACGACGAGGACGAGCACGACAUUAUCUUCCUCCCCUAUAGCGACGAAGAGGGCGUGUUUGUGCGUGCCGAGCAGGGGGUGCUGCUCGCGUCGUUCGAGAGUCUCCCCGAGGACGCUGAUCGCCGUCGGGUUCUUGCGGCGGAGGCACAAGCUCGCGGUGAUGCGAUGGCCAUGAGGCAGGCUUUGGGGGGACGGCGCUCAUAUUUCUGGUGCCCGGUGCAGGGUCUGGAGACUGGCGAUCCGUCGCAGAAGCGGUUCUCUGGCGUGGUGCCACCAGCGGCGCCGCUCAUAUUUCUGGCGCUGCUGUGCAUUGCCGGCGCGAUCCUAUGGCUGGAUCACAAUGAGAAUCUGACGAUACUGCUGCUUCACCCAAGAGAGGUGACGGCUGACGAGACGUCGCCGCCGGAGGAACCCAGCGACAUGUGCAAGAACCAGCGCAGGCCUCCAGCAAGCAACGAGGCGCUGCCGAGGGGCAUCGUGCAGGACAAGUCCAACUUCGAGUUCGAGUCCCUGGGCCGCAACCCUGAGAUGAAGGAGCCCCCGGCGGCAAAGAGCCUCCUUGCGAUCCCCGUCGGCAUCAAACAGAAGGCCGUGGUUGACAAUCUCGUUUCCAAGUUCCCGGUGGCGAAUUUCACGUUAAUGCUGUUCCACUAUGACGGCGUGGUGGAGGGAUGGAGCGACCUGCCGCGGUCGCGGCGGGCGGUGCACGUGGCGGCGGCGGACCAGACCAAGUGGUGGUUCGGCAAGCGGUUCCUGCACCCGGACCUCGUCGCCGAAUACGACUACAUCUUCCUCUGGGACGAAGACAUCGAGGUGGACGACUUCGACCCCCUCAGGUACCUCGACAUCGUCAGGAAAGAAGGGCUCGAGAUCUCGCAGCCGGCGCUCGACCGCCGGUCGAAGAUCCACCACCAGCUCACGGCCCGCGCGCGGCGGGGCGGUGCCGUGCACCGGCGGUUCUACAAGACGGCGGGUGGCGGGCGGUGCUACGGGAACAGCACGGGCCCGCCGUGCACGGGAUGGGUGGAGAUGAUGGUGCCGGUUUUCUCGCGAGCGGCGUGGCGGAUGAUCCAGAACGACCUCGUCUUUGCGUGGGGGCUCGACUUCAAGCUCGGCUACUGCGCGCAGGGGGACCGGACCAUGAACGUCGGGAUCGUGGACAGCGAGUACGUCCUCCACCGCGGCAUCCCCACGCUCGGCGACGCUGGCGACGGCACGACGGCCACGGCGGCGGUGGGCAGGUCCGCGUUGCGGCAGCGGUCGUCCAGGGAGAUGCAGAUAUUCAACAGGAGGUGGAAUGAAGCGGUGGCGGAGGACGAGUGCUGGACCGACCCUUACCCGGAGCCGCCGACGGCUACGACCAAGGACUGA